GAUCUCAGAGACACUCGCUGCACUUUACUCUCAUUCAUCUGCACAUCGGCAUGAGGAUGGAGAUCGACUCCUCGUGUACAUCACAUAUCUGCUUAAUACUCCGUUUUUGAUCGCAAGCAGAGGAAGCAUACAUUUUCCUGGGAUUAAUUUUCAUGUUUGUUAAGCACAAGUAUCUAAAACAUGAGUGACAUCUACGAGUCUGCAGCCAAUUCUCUGGGCUUGUUCAACAGUCCCUGCCUGACUAAAGUGGAGCUACGCGUAGCCUGCAAAGGGAUUUCUGACAGGGAUGCCCUCUCCAAGCCUGAUCCCUGUGUGGUCAUCAAAAUGCAGUCCCAUGGCCAGUGGCUGGAGGUUGACAGAACAGAGGUGAUACGGAGCUGCAUAAACCCCACGUUUUCCAAGGUCUUCACCCUGGACUUCUACUUCGAGGAGGUCCAGCGAUUACGUUACGAGCUCUAUGACAUCAGCAGCAGCCAUAAUGGCAUAAGAGAGGUGGACUGCUUGGGUGCGAUGGAGUGCACGCUCGGCCAAAUAAUCUCCCAGAGAAAAUUCACCAAAGCCCUGCUUAAACAAGGCAACACAGUCGGGAAGUCUUCUAUCAUGAUCACCGCCGAAGAGCUGACGGGAAAUAACGAUUAUGUGGAACUCUCAUUCAGUGCCAGGAAGCUGGAUGAUAAGGACUUCUUCAGCAAGUCUGAUCCAUUCUUGGAGAUCUACAGGGUAAAUGAUGACAACACCCAGCAGCUGGUGCACAGAACAGAGACCGUCAUGAACAACCUCAAUCCUGUGUGGAAUACCUUCAAAACGUCCAUUAACUCGCUCUGUAGUGGAGACCACGAGAGAAUACUGAAGUGUACAGUUUGGGACUGGGAUUCGAAUGGAAAGCACGAUUUCAUUGGAGAAUUCCAAGCCACAUUCAAAGAAAUGCGGUCAGCGAUGGACGGCAAACAGGUCCAGUGGGAAUGCUUAAAUCCGAAAUAUAAAGUCAAGAAGAAGAACUACAAGAAUUCUGGGAUUGUCAUUUUGAAUCAGUGCAAGAUAAUCAAGAUGCAUUCCUUUCUGGACUACAUCAUGGGCGGUUGCCAAAUACAGUUUACAGUAGCUAUUGAUUUCACAGCAUCUAAUGGGGAUCCGAAGAACAGUUGUUCGUUACACUACAUCCACCCCUAUCAGCCGAACGAAUAUCUGAAGGCUUUAGUCGCAGUGGGGGAGAUUUGCCAAGACUAUGACAGUGAUAAAAUGUUCCCCGCGUUCGGCUUUGGUGCUCGGAUACCUCCGGAUUUUAAGGUUUCACAUGACUUUGCUGUCAACUUCAAUGAGGACAACCCUGAAUGUGCAGGUAUCCAGGGUGUGGUUGAGGCCUACCAGAAUUGCCUUCCCAAGAUUCAAUUAUACGGUCCCACAAACAUAGCUCCCAUAAUCCAGAAAGUGGCCAAUUUUGCUUCUGAAGAAAUGCACACCAAAGAGGCCAUGCAAUAUUUCAUCCUGCUCAUCUUGACGGACGGAGUGAUCACAGAUAUGGCAGACACAAGAGAGGCCAUCGUCCACGCGUCUCACCUGCCGAUGUCCGUCAUCAUCGUGGGUGUGGGAAGCGCAGAUUUUACCGAUAUGGAGAUGCUGGACGGGGAUGAUGGGAUCCUCCGUUCGCCCAAGGGGGAACCGGUAUUGCGGGACAUCGUGCAGUUUGUACCGUUCCGUAACUUCAAACAUGCUUCUCCUGCCGCCCUGGCAAAAAGUGUCUUAGCCGAGGUCCCGAACCAGGUGGUGGAUUAUUACAACAGUAAGGGAAUCAAACCCAAGUGCCCCAGUGAGUACGAGUCUUCCAGGACGUUUGGUCACUAAAGCGUUGCCUGCCGCUCGUUCCCGAAAAUAGCACGUUUCUGUGAAUUUUAACAAACGAAUCUGUUCUACUUGUUGCGUUUGCAUGUGUAGCCUGUGAGACUUGCAUAGGUGUUGCAAUGCUACCUUUCUUAUUAUGUACAUGUGCACAUGUACAGAUUUACAGUUAUGUAUGACAAGAAAGCAUCAAGAUGUCUGAUUUGAGCAUGAUGACUGGGACUAGUAAUGUAUGUGGAUUAUCUGUUGGUUUCUUUUAUAUAAAGGUUUAUUGAGAUUUUGCAAAAUUUCAUAAUGUUCUUACAUUGUAAAGCAUUUUGGAUCAUAGAGA